AUGUCAUCGAAUCGCCCGCCCCGCGCGGUAGCCUCCGACGACGACGAUCCCAUCAUCGCAAAUUACUCCGUCUUCAUCAAGCCGCCCCUUCCAGAAAACCGCAACCUCGUCGUCCUUCAAUAUGUGAACAAGACCGCCCAGGAUCCAGCGCAGAUCCGCGUCCCACGCAUAUCCGAGCUACGCGUUAAGCCCAAGACCGGCAUGUACGAGGUCGACGUACCCAUCGACACCACCGAGGCAUACGACAGGAACAAGGGUAUCGCGUGGGGUACCGCGCUCCAGAAGUCCAUGGAGGCCAAGAAGGGCGGCAGCUUGGGUCUCGCGGGAGGCUUCAACAUCGUCGCCACCUCCACCUCGGCGCGCGGGCGGCGGGGCGCCGGCGCCGGCGCCGACGACGAGACCCCGCUGACCUGGGCCGAAGCAGCGCGGCAAGACAAAGUCCUGCGCACCCAGACCUUUGGCGGCGGCCGGAGCGCCGAAGAGGCAAACACCCGCCACAUGAUUGAAAACCUUCACCUAACCCCCGUCUCUUCCGUCGUCCAUCUCCGCCCAGUCCCCCACCACAUCGACGCGGCGACCGAACAGGAGCGCCUGGCGCGCGGCGGCGCCAACAGCGCGGGCGGCAGCGGCGGACCCGGCGACAAGUCCGGCACCGGCGCCGGCGCCGCGGGCGCCUCGGCCGGCCGCGCGAUCCACAUGACCAUCAAGUCGGCCAUGGACGCCGACGGCGGCGCGGCCACCGAGACCAUGGCGGACCGCCUGCGCAACGUCCAGACCGAGACCUGGCAGCGCAUGGAAUGGGUGCACGACGAGGCCGAGAUGGCCUGGGAGGCCUACAACGAGUGCCUGCUCCUCCGGCCGGGGAACGGCGGCGGCGGCGCCGCGGCCGCGGCCGCAGCGGAAGGGGAAGCGGCCGAGGAUAAGGGGAAAGGGAAGGAGGUCGCCGGCGCUGCUGAGGCGGCGGCAGCAGCAGCAGCAGCAACCAGUGCCGACGAGAGUGGCGCAGCGGACCUGGUCGACAAGGUGCCCUGGCUGAAGACGGAUUGGGAAGAGCAGGAGCUGUUGCGGGCAGGAAAGGAGACUGCGGUCAAGAUGGAGGAGCCGGCGGCGGCGGAAAGCCGAAGGCAGGUCGGGCGGACGGGUGGAAGCGCGAAUGCCGCGUCAACCGCGUCAACCGUUGCUGCUGCGUCCGGCGCAAGGAAGACUACAAGAAAGGGAGCGUCGAGGGGAACUGCGAUGGAGAUAGACUAG